AUGGCAGGAAAAGAAGCAACUUUAGUUUUAUUAGAUGUAGGUGCCUCAAUGUAUGAACCAUACAAGUAGGCUCAAGGAAAGAAAAUCACUAGAUUAGAAUUAGCUGUUGAUUGCAUAGGGAUGAUGAUUUAAUAAAAGAUCUUUAAUUACAAGAAUCAUGAAGUUGGAUUAGUUUUGUUUGGAACAGAGGACGCUGAGGAUGGGAAUACUUUUUACAUCUAAACAUUGUCGUCUCCAGAUCUAGAGUUUUAUAGAAAUCUGACAGAAUUACCUAAUCAUGAUAUACCUAAAAUAAUUGGUGGAGAUAUUUUUGAUGCUUUGGACAAAUCAGUUAGCACUUUAGAUGAGUAUGUGAAGACCAAGAAGAUGGAUAAGAAGAUAUUUGUGCUCACAGCAGGAUUUGGUUAGACAGAAUAUAAUGAGAAGAAGAUUGCAAAGCUUAUUAAAAUGAUUGAAAAAGUAGAUGUGAAGAUCAAUUUCAUAGCAUUGGAUUUCAUGAAUGAAUAUGAUGCUGAAUUGGAUGAUCCUUCCAAACCUGAGAAUCAAGAAACUCUAAAUGAUCGAAUGCUUAAUGCUGUUUACGAAAGUUAAGAGCAAUCAAUCAAUUCACGUUUAGUUUAUUACAUGGUUCAAGAACUAAGGAGUCAUAUGAGAAUAUUCCCAGCUAAUAUCGCAUUUGAAUUGUAUUCACAAUUUCACACCAAACAAAUGCAAGCAAGAGCCUCAUUUAGAGGAGAUUUUCAAAUAAAUGAUGAGACAUCCAUCUCUGUAUUGGUUUACAAAAGAUGCACAGAGGAGAAAUUACCAAGUUUAAAAAAGCAUUCUGCUACUGGAGAAUUCAGCAGUGAACCCACUAGAAAUGUAGUUAGAAAUGACACCAUUCAUUACAAUCCAGAAGACCCAAACAUGACUCCAAUUGAAAGAGAGAAUAUCAUUAAGGGUUACUUAUAUGGCAGAAGCCUAAUUCCUGUGGAUAGUAUAAUGGAAGAUAAAAUGAAGUAUUAAUGUGUUAGGUCAUUUUAAUUAUUGGGAUUUGUUGACAAGUCAUAAAUUCCUAGACAUUAUUUUAUGUCUAGUGUGGACAUGGUUGUAGCUAUUGAUUGUGAAAAAGCAAAGAAAUCUUUAUCUUCUUUGAUCAUAGCCUUAAUUGCCACAAAGAAAAUUGCUAUUGCAAGAUUUGUUGGCAGAGAAAAGAGUUCUCCAAAAAUGGUGGUGUUAUUGCCUCAUAAAUCAAAGAGCUAUUAGUGUUUUUGGAUGAUUGCCUUACCCACUUCUGAAGACAUCAGGCAUUUCCAAUUUGCUGCUUUAAGAAAGUCCACUCCUCAUCAAUAAAUAGCUGUAGCCUCCUUGAUUGAUAAAAUGGAUCUAGAAGCACUUCCAAACGAAUCUGGAGAACCAGAAGAAUUACUUAAAAUGAAAUACAUUGCAAAUCCAACUAGACAAUAUUUCUAAUAAGUAGUCAUGCAUAAAGCUAUCACAAGAACUGAUGUCAUUCCUCCAAUCUCUCCUUUGAUUCUAGAAUAUUUGCAUCCCGAAUAACGAGUAUACAAUUAUGCUUAGGAUGCUAUAUAGAGAGUGAAGAAUGCUUUUAAAUUCAAAGUUAAUGAAAUCAAGAAACCCUAAGAUAAAAAAGUAUUUUGGAAACAAUUAUUCGAUGAACAAACUACAUAAUAACAACAAGCUUAACAAUAAAUAGAGGAAGAAGUGGUUGAAAUCAAUAGAGAGGAGGAAGAGAUGGUCAAUAUGUUUGCCAAAUAAAAAUUGGGAUUCAAUGAUGAUAUCAUUUAAGAAAUUGGUUCUGUGGAUCCAAUCUCAGAUUUCAAGAAAAUGAUCACUGAAAAGAGAGUCGAUUUGGUUGAUUCUGCCCUUCAACAAAUUCAGAAGGUUAUAAUUGGAUUAGUCGAUUAAUCAGUAAAAGGCAGUUUCUUCCCCAAGGCCUUGGAAUGCUUAAAAGAAAUGAGAAGAGCUUGUAUUUCAGAAGAUGAAGCUCCAGUUUUCAACAAGUUCCUCUUUGUACUUAAGGAUAAGUACAAUCAAUCUAUAUUUUGGGCCCAAAUUGUACAAUAAGGCAUCACUUUGAUAAGCAACAUAGAGAAUUAAAAAUCAGGUGUCACUGCUGAGGAAGCAUAAGAUUUCCUGAACAAAGAAGAUAACAAACAUUAGUAAAUGGUUGAUCAAUUAUAACAUGAGGAAGAAGAUUUAUUAGCUGAUAUUGAAUGA